GCUUUGGUUAACAGUCAGACGUAUGAGACCGACUGGCAGUCUUAUCCGCUCUACAGCCGACCAGCGAUUAUGAUACGGAAGCCCACGAUUGCGCGUUACCUCUGCUCCUGUCCAGCUGGAUUCGCCCACGACAGCGCACUAACGACUGGCAAGGGUCAGUUUGCUCCAGCCAUUUCUCCCUGCCCAGCCAAGCAGCGCAAGCGUGCCCGCAUCUGGUCUCAGCGUUUUCGCCGACAGACCGGUGACCAGACGCGCGAACCAAUCUCGGCCUGUACCAAGGCCACAACGAUUUCGGAGCCAGUUUGGCACUAA